AUGCAUCUGUCCGGACUUGUCGCGCUGUUGGCACUCGCAACAUCAUCACUAGCAUACUACAGCAAGCAGAAAGAUGCCGUUAAGCUGUCGUCCAUCAAGACGCUGACACUUCGUGAUGGCGCGCUGACGUCCGCGCGACGCGUCGAGCCAAUACCACAACUCACAUGCAUUGGUGGCAACGCAAAAGGCCUCUACGACGUCGAUGUCAUGCGCUGCACCAACGCUGGAUCAGACUACGGUGCAGAAGAUAUCCAGUGGACCUGCAAAGCGAGCUUGCCGCCAGAGUUCAAGCUUGGCAGUACCGAUGUCAUUUGUGAAGGCUACGAGAACCCGGACGAUCCAUAUAUCCUGAAAGGAUCGUGUGGCGUUGAGUAUCGACUUAUACUUACUCCACAAGGCGAGGCCAAGUACCACGAUCGUGUCAACAACAAGGCAUGGAGGUCCAAGAAUCGAAGCGGAGACGAGAGCUCACUGGGAGAUGGUCUGGCCACUACGCUUUUCUGGAUCAUCUUUGUGGCCAUUGUCUGCGUGAUACUCUACAGUGUCUUUACUGGUGGCAACCGGAAUGGUGGCAGACGACCGGGUAACGGCCGUCGCGCUGGUGGCAACUUCUGGGGUGGAGGAGAUGAUAAUGACGACCCUCCACCACCGUAUACUCCCCGAGGUGAGCAAGCCGAGGAGUCCGCCGGAACAUGGACCCCAAUCCGAUGUCUAAAGGUGCUCGAGAUUGUCACUCGCGCAGCGGUCAAUUCUACCUCCCCUCGUUCACCCUCUCGGCGUGGAAAUAGGUCGAGCCUUUCUGACAAUUCUUCUUCAGGCCAACCCAAACCCAAACCCUCGUCAAGAGGCUCCAGCAGUCAACAGAAUGAGCCAUGGCGACCGGGUUUCUGGUCCGGCACUGCUGCAGGAACCGCAGCAGGGUACGCCGCAGGAGCAUGGAACGCCAGUCGUCAAGCCCGCGCUCAGGAAGCUAGGAAUGCUUAUGCCCGACCAGGCCCAUCAAACUAUAAUGCACCAUCCGGCUAUGGUAGCUGGGGAGCAGGUGAGUCGAACAGACACGACUCGGACAUGGAUCAGGACCUGGGCCACGAGCUGUCGAGCUCUAAUGCUUCAACAAGCUAUAGAGAUCCCGCUCGCGAGUCCACACCCCCUUCUCCUCCGCGAUCACAUCCCAGGGACUUCACCACUCGUCGGACUCGCGAGCCGUCGAGACCUUACUCUGCUACGGAGAACAGGGCUCCCGCUCGAUCGAGCAGUUCGCCGGCACCAAGCAGUAGCCGGCAGGAAAGUACUGGCUUCGGAGGUACCAGGCGACGAUAG